UCCGACCGACCGGGCACCGGCACCGAGCACCAGGCACCGCGCCCGCCGCCGACCCCCAUGCAGGACACCGAGGAGAGCCCGGCGGCCGCCGCGCCACCCGGCGCGGAGGGCCCCGCCGAGGACCCCGAGCACACGGACGCGCCCGCGCCGCCGGCGGAGCCGCCGCCGCAGCAGCAGGAGCAGCAGGAGGAGGAGGAGGAAGAAGAGGAGGAGGAGGAUAAUGAUGAUGGAGGCGAGUCCGAGGCGCCGCCGGGGCCCCCCGAGCCGCCGCCGCCCGCCGAGGAGCCCGAGCAGGAGCAGCCGCCGGCGGAGCCGAAGCCGCCGUCCGGCCGGGAGAGCCCCGCCAAGGCCGAGCCCGAGCCCGAGGCCGAGCCCCAGGCCGGGGCCGAGCCCGCGGCGGAGCCCCAGCCCGAGCAGCCGCCGCCGGCCCAGGCCGAGCCCAGCGCGGCGCAGCAGAACGGGGAGGCCGCGCCCGCCGCCCCCGCCGAGCCCGAGGACGAGAUUUCCUUCAGCGACCCCGAGGACUUCGUGGACGACAUCAGCGACGAAGAACUGCUUGGUGAUAUACUGAAAGAUCAGCCACAGGAAGCAGAUGGGAUAGACUCGGUGAUCGUCGUGGAUAACGUUCCCCAGGUUGGGCCAGACCGACUUGAGAAACUGAAGAAUGUCAUCCACAAAAUAUUUUCCAAGUUUGGUAAAAUUAUCAAUGAAUUUUAUCCAGAAGCAGACGGAAAAACAAAAGGGUACAUCUUUCUGGAGUACAUGUCUCCAUCUCACGCAGUGGAUGCUGUGAAGAACGCAGAUGGAUACAAACUGGAUAAGCAGCACACCUUCAGAGUCAACCUUUUCACAGACUUUGAUAAGUACAUGACAAUCAGUGAUGAGUGGGAAAUCCCUGAGAAACAGCCAUUUAAGGAUUUGGGGAAUCUCCGAUACUGGUUGGAAGAUCCUGAUUGUAGGGAUCAGUACAGUGUCAUCUUUGAGUCAGGAGACCGGACCUCCAUUUUUUGGAAUGACAUCAAGGAACCUGUUCAAAUUGAGGACAGAGCAAGGUGGACGGAGACCUACGUGCGUUGGUCCCCAAAAGGUACCUACUUGGCCACGUUCCACCAGAGAGGCAUCGCACUGUGGGGUGGAGAGAAGUUCAAGCAGAUUCAGAGGUUUAGUCACCAAGGAGUGCAGCUUAUUGACUUCUCACCUUGUGAAAGGUAUUUAGUGACCUUCAGCCCUUUGAUGGACACACAGGAUGACCCUCAGGCCAUCAUCAUCUGGGAUAUUCUGACUGGCCAAAAGAAGCGAGGAUUCCACUGUGAAAACUCAGCUCACUGGCCUAUUUUUAAAUGGAGUCAUGAUGGUAAAUUCUUUGCUCGAAUGACUUCAGAUACCCUCAGCAUCUAUGAAACACCUUCUAUGGGUUUGUUGGACAAAAAGAGCUUGAAAAUCAAUGGGAUAAGAGAUUUCUCAUGGUCUCCAGGUGGUAACAUAAUUGCUUUCUGGGUGCCUGAGGACAAAGACAUCCCAGCAAGAGUGACUUUGAUGCAGCUGCCUUCUAGACAAGAAAUUCGUGUGCGGAAUUUGUUCAACGUAGUAGAUUGUAAACUGCACUGGCAGAAGAACGGGGACUACCUGUGUGUGAAGGUAGACAGGACUCCCAAAGGCACACAGGGAGUAGUGACCAACUUUGAAAUAUUCCGCAUGAGAGAGAAACAGGUGCCAGUGGAUGUGGUAGAAAUGAAAGAAAGCAUCAUAGCCUUUGCUUGGGAACCAAAUGGAAGCAAGUUUGCUGUGUUGCAUGGAGAAACUCCACGAAUUUCAGUUUCCUUUUACCACGUUAAAAACAAUGGGAAAAUAGAACUCAUAAAAACGUUUGACAAACAGCAGGCGAACACGAUAUUCUGGAGUCCCCAAGGGCAGUUUGUAGUGUUGGCUGGCCUCAGAAGUAUGAAUGGUGCCUUAGCAUUUGUUGAUACGUCCGACUGCACCAUGAUGAACAUCGCGGAACACUACACGGCCUCAGACGUGGAAUGGGAUCCCACGGGCAGAUACAUCGUGACUUCUGUGUCUUGGUGGAGCCACAAGGUGGACAAUGCCUAUUGGUUAUGGACCUUCCAAGGCCGUCUGCUUCAGAAAAACAAUAAAGACAGGUUCUGUCAGCUGCUCUGGAGACCACGACCAGCUACCCUGCUCAGUGAGGAUCAGAUAAAGCAAAUUAAGAAGGACCUGAAGAAAUACUCGAAGAUAUUUGAGCAGAAGGAUCGCCUGAGCCAGUCCAAAGCUUCAAAGGAGUUGGUGGAGAGGAGGCGCACGAUGAUGGAGGAGUUCAGGAAGUACCGCAAGAUGGCACAAGAGCUGUACAUGGAGCAGCGGAACGAGCGCCUGGAGCUCCGCGGAGGGGUAGACACAGAUGAGCUGGACAGCAAUGUUGAUGACUGGGAGGAGGAGACUGUGGAAUUUUUUAUCAAUGAAGAAAUUAUUACCCUUGCAGAACCAGAGUAAUUAAUAAAACUGUGCACCACCAGAUCUUGUGCUGAAAAGAAGUUUGUUCAUUUUCCGAAAGCCUAUAUCAACUUUGGAAUUCUUUAUCCAUAUUCUUGCACUCUGGAAGGGUGGAUGCAUCAGAUUUUCUCCAUUCUGACACAUUGUAGUGCCUUUAAGUCUUGCUGCCUGCUGCAGCGAGAUACUGGAAAGGCGCUGCUUUUAAAUCUUUAUUCUUUAUUUUUAUUUUUUUUUUUUAGGGUUUGAUUAUUAAUUUUUUUCUUUUUAAAUCCACUACUACCAGUAUUUACUUCCUGAGCCCCGUGCAGUCCUUACCAGCUGGCAGUUUUUGCCUAUUGCCAGUGAGGUGGGAUUCACCAAUGCACCUCUGUCUCACACGCACGAUGUUCCAGUUUCAGGACUCUUUCCGUGUCCCGAGGGCAUGGACAGGUGUUCAUUUUGUUUGGGGAAAAGUCAGCAGAACCAUUUCUUGUAUGAUGUGUCUUAGUGUGCUGAAGCAGCACUACAGUGGGCUAUAUCCUCCUCCUUUCAGAUUGUGAAAGGAUACCUCUCCCUCAAAGAGCUGAAUAUGGAAAUAAAAGCAGACCUAUACUAAAA